AUGGCCCCGAGAAACCCUUUGGCAAAAGAUCCGUUGCACGAUGACAGCUUGUUGAUGAUUCCACCGCCGGGCUUCAAAUUCAUUCCGAAAUCGGAGGUAAUCUGCGGAAAGGCAGGUUGUUUCGAAUGCUUUGAUAUCUAUUGUGAGCGGUGCGAGAGCAAGGAUCGUCGAAUUGUUGAACUUGAAAUGCGGAACAACGAUCUAGUCAAGUACAUCACGCAACUGCAAGCGAAGCUCUUCGGAGGUCCUUCAGUUUCUCAAAGGCGGCUACCGGUCUCUGGUUCCACUCUUGGCGCUCGAGCUCCAUCGGCACCCGGGCCAGGAGGACCGGGUUAUUCAGGUUACGCGUCUCAAGGUACGCCACCAUCCGUCGGUCCAACAGGGGAGCCAUUUGCUUUCAUUCAGUCCCCAAUUUUGUAUGACCCGUCAAUGGACCUGUCGUAUGUUGCUACCACCUCGUUCACACCCGCACCACCGGACUGCAUUGGUGGUCCCUCUGCCCCGCUUGGUGGGCGCAAGUAA